CUUUGCAUAUAUAAAUAAUUUAUUGAUACAAACAGGCGUAAUAAGUGUGCUUUAGUUUGCAAGUUCUUUUUGGACGUUUUGUGUUGAUUUUCUAAAUAAGCAUCAUGAAUAUAACAAUUGAGAGAAAAAAGACAGAAUAUGCAGGACUUCCAAAAAGUUGGCCAAAAGAAGAGGCUUUCAGAAAAGCUGGGAUCUCCGCUGGAAAAGUUGACGUGUAUUACAGUCGUAGUGCAAGAGCUGAUGCAUCUUUAGUCCCACCGAUUCGACAAACUGCUUCUAUUUUCAAACAACCCGUUACAGUUUUCAAAACACAAGAGGGUAAAGUGAAGACUGAUUUGAAGCACGGUUGUCAGGAUAAACCGAAACAAUUGUUUUGGGAGAAAAGAUUAGAGGGUUUAAAAGCUUGUGAUCUUGACGGUACAGCGUUAGGACCUGUAGAACUCCCCAAAGGUCUCAAAGCAGUUGGACCACACGUUUCUGAAAGCACCUUAUUACAAUCGUUAGCUACAGCACUUCAUGUUUCUGGACAGCCUGUCACAGGGCAAACGGGCAGUAAGUCAGCCCUGGGUACUAAUCCUGGUGUCUUUUUAAACCCAGAACAACCGCUGGUCCAAGCUAUAAGUGUUGCUGAUGAAGAUAUUCGCAGACAAGAAGACAGAGUGAUGCUGGCGAGGCGCAGAUUGCAAGAUGCUAUAAGAAUGUAGGAUUUUGAAAUGUAAAGGUUAAUUUUAAAUUAUAUUUAUGAC